UAGAGCGCAGUAGGAGGCCGGAGGCUCUGCCUCUGGCCUGCCCUGGACAUGGCAGCGGCUGCUCGUCGUCCCGCGGUACAGUUUGGGAGGCGCAGAGGGCAAAGCCGAGAGUCCACGCAAAAAAACGAUUUCAAUGAAGAUGAUGCUAUAGAGGGAAUAUUUCUCCCAGUGGGAGUAGAUCUUCGCCAGAUAACUAUAUUGUCGAAGGCAGAAUGGGAAAGGAUUCAAGACAACCUCAAUGCUCCAGCAAGAGAAGCAGCACAGAUUCGUGCUGAAAGGAAAGAACGGAAGGAUUUGCACUUACAGUCUCAAGCCCUUAUGAAAAACUGGAGCAACACUAUUGCAGGUUUGUCACAGGCAAAGCUGAAAGUCAAAAAAGAACGUGACGAGAAGAGUGAGGAAGAAAAAAGAAAGAUUGACCUGGAAGAAGCCAAGUACCAGGCACAGAAGAGAAAAGAAGCCAUUGAAAAAGCCAAAAUUGAUCAGUAUUAUCAAAGUGAUAGAGUGAAAGGAUUCCAUAGAGCCUUUUUACUUACUGAAGUCUUAAAAGAAAGGGAGGCUCAGAUUCAAUUUCAGAAGAAAAAACAAAAAUUAUACCGGAGUAAGGAUGAAGAAAUAGAACGUGAACGUCAAAAAGCUAUACUAAAAGAGGAGGAAAAGGUUAAAGAAUGCCGUAGGAAACGAAUACAGCUUUGCAAGGAGCAACUGGAACAGAUAAAAGAGCAUGAACAUUUAGCAGAGCUGAGCAGGCUAGAAAGCAUAAAAGAAGGAGAAGAGAUUCAGAUGUUGACAAGGUUACAUCACCAAGAGCAGCAGGAAAAAGAGCAAAAGAAGCAGGAAGAGAAACUUGAGCGUAAACGGGCACAUCAGGCACAUGUUGCUGACCAAGUUAUUCUAAGGGCUAUAGAAAAACAAAAACAAGAAGAAGAAGAUGAUAAAGUUCGAGCACAUUUUAAUGCAAAACAAGCUAUGGCUAAGCUGAGAAAACAAAAAGAAGAAGAAAUGCUCAGGGAAAUAGAGGAAAACAGAGAAAAUAUUACUAAGCGCCUCCUGGCACAGAUGAAAGAGAAGAUUGAUACUGAAGAUGAGCGUAUUGCUAGGGAAAUCGCAGAAGCAGAAGAGGAGCGUGAGAGAGAACUCACAGAAAAAGAAGAAAAGAAGAAAGCUGAUUUGAAAUCAAUCACAGAACACAGAAUUAAUGUGAUGAAAACGAAAGAAGAAAAAGAAAAACAGGAGAAACGAGAAGCUAAAGAGACUCUUCAUAAAAUGAUAGAAGCAGAUCGAGUCUAUCAGGAAUUAGAGAAAGACAAGAAACAUAGAAAUCAUUGUGCUAACUUAAAACUGCAAGAAACCCAUGUCAUACAAAUUGCUGAAAAAUUAGGAAGAGAAAAUCGUGAGAAGCAAGGGGAACUGGACUAUGUUAAACAGAGAGAAUAUAUUGCACUGUGUAAGGAGCAGGAAUUCCAGCAGUAUGCAAAGAAAGUAAUUGAUGAAGAAUCCAAGACUGCACCAAAUCUUUACCCUCUUUUGAAAGUAGUACAGGGAGGUAUUGGUGGUGGUUGUGGGAAACUUUAUCGAGGAAGGGAAGGAGAAAGUCCUGGUAGUCAAGGUGCUCAGCAGCCUUAUACUGGUAACACAGCUCAAGAAAUGAAACUUCUAAAUGAACACCGAUAUGAGACUACUAAGGGACGACUAGGUUUUACAUGGUAAUAAAAAAAAUCUUUUAAAAUCUAUUACAAUUUAAAAUGGCCCUAGUUGCAAAAUAUGUAGUAUAAACAUUGCAAAUUGAAAAUUCACAACUUGAAUUGAGUUUUUAACUAUUUAAAUAUAUUUGCAUAAUACUUAAGACAGUAGAACUAGUUUAGACACACAAGAUUCACUAGUGUGUAGCAUCUACAAAAUAGGUAAAAGCUUUUGCACAAUUCUAUUAUUGUUCCAAAAAAGCAAUACAAUAAUUCAAUUUUUACUGUAUAACUUGUUUGUACCACAUGUGAACAGAAAUAAUGUGAGUUUUGUGGAUGAACUA